GUUGAUAUUGACUGUUAAAAGGGGACAACAUGGCAGCGUUGUUCUUUAAGCAGACAUCUUGUUUACUGAAUGCAGUCAGUGAAAAUCUGAAACGUGUAAUAUGCUGUUCAGAAAGCUCCAGACUUUAGCUAAAGAACACACUUAUCUACUAUACAGAAAAAAAACUAUGACAUCCAAAAGAAAACAGUUCAAAAUUCCAACUGUUGAUGAAAUAAAAGAGAAUCCUAGUGCUUCAUCAGUAAGCACAUUCAGCAAAUUUCAACAAAUGAAGAAAGAAGGCAAAGUGGCUGAUGCAUGUGACCUUGAUAAAUCCUUAAGAGCUGACAAGAAACCUGAAUCAAGCUUAGUUCAACCAAAACCUGCAACAUCUGUGAUCCAAAGAAGGAAGGAGUUGCCACUGAGUUCAAAGUCCCUGAUCCAGAGUGGGAAAGAGUUGCCACAGAGUUCAAAAUCUCUAAUCCAGAGUGGGAAAGAGGUGCCACAGAGUUCUUCAGUACCAAGCUCCUUAAAAUCCGUGAUUGAGAGUGGUCUACCUUCUACAUCCACAGCUGCCACAGAAACAGGCAUACCAACAGCUGUUAAAUCUUUGAAUUCUAAUAGUAUCAUUGUGAAUUCCAGACAAAGAGGAAAUCCAAUACUCAAAUUUAUCCGCAGCAUUCCCUAUGAGUUUGGAGACAUAAUUCCUGACUAUGAAAUGGGAAAAACAGCUUGUGCCUUGUUUCUGAGUCUUCGUUAUCACCAACUUAAUCCAAACUACAUUCAUGAACGCUUAAAGCAAUUACGCAGAUACUAUGAGCUUAGAGUGCUACUGGUGCAGGUCGAUAUCAAAGAACCCCAUCAUCUUGUGAAAGAAUUAGCAAAAAUUUGUAUCUUGGCAGACUGUACCCUGAUUUUAGCAUUCUCACCGGAAGAGGCAGGGCGCUAUUUGGAAACAUACAAAGUUUACGAGCACAAACCACCUGAGGCUAUCAUGGAGAAAACGGAGAAGGACUACAUGUCAAAGGUCACAGAGUGUUUGACCUCUGUGAGAUCAUUUAGACUUUACACAUACAGACCUAGGAGAAGGUUUAAGACAUUGAGAAGACCACAUUAUUAUGUCCCUAUGGGGCGCCCCAUCCUCCCACCUGAUGGAAAGUAUACCAUUGAACCACUACCAUUUAUUCGCAGUGGUGGAAGAGAUCUCAAUGGAAAAACUGUAAAUGCGAAAAUAGGAGGAGGACCUAAGGUAAACUGGUACAUGAGGGAUAACAGCUACCCCGACACAAAGGGAGAUAAACCACUGGAGGAGAGGGUGCUGCGUAUCCUCCCAGACCCAGUCAGGACAGCGCACCUGGCCCUUGUCGGAAGUGGAAAUAAUAAACGUUACAUCAUUGCCACCCAAAACAUGAAAGAGGGGGAUCUUGUAAAAGUCAGCAAGGAAAUUCCUACCAUCUCAGUGAGAGCCAUGGAAGGAAAUUCACAUCCACUAGGUGCCCUUCCUAUGGGAACAAUUGUUCACAACAUAGAAAAGAUACCUGGUCAAGGUGGGAUGAUUUGUAGAGCUGGGGGAUCAAGUGCACUACUACUUAGAAAAGUUGGUGAUAGUGUUGUGUUGAGAAUGCCGUCAAAGCAUGAGAUAGUACUUGAUCCUAAAUGUAUGGCAACAGUGGGACAAGUGUCCAAUGCUGGCCAUGAUGACAUUCCGUGGAAGGGGGUGGGGGAAAAAAUGCGAUCCGGAUACAAGCCGCGGACAGGAUGGAGACACAGGAAAACUGGAUAUCAUGGGAGGAAGAUAAAGCCAAAAAAGACUUUUACUGUCAAGCCUAUAGUUCCAGAUUAUGAAACUUUCAAAAUGUCUGGGGUCUGAUUCGUGAAAAGCCAUUAUAGACUGUAUUCAUUAUGAAUGAAAGCUUGUUUGUAGGUUUUGUUGAAAGUGAUAAAUAUGAUACAUAUAAAUAAUUAUUGUAUGCUUAAUAAUACAGUUAAACUUUGGUAUCUCGAAUACAGAUAUUCAAAUACCAUGGAUAUCUCGAAGUGAUUGGGAAGUAUUUCAUAAGGAUUUUACCCUUGAUAUCUCAAAGUUUUUUAUUGGUCCCAUCGAGUUCGAAAUAACAAGGUUUGACUAUAUGUGGACCUUUUCAUAAAAAAUCUAACGACUAAGAUGAAAAUCUUUUCAAUUCUCCAAUUAACAUCUAAGCUUUAGUAUAAUAGAUUACAUUGUAUACAAUACAUGUAUUUUAGAAAAAAAUAUCUAUAAUAAACAAAGAAUUACAGACUUGUCAAAUUUUUAUCGUAGUUGUAAGAUUUUUGUGAAAAGGGCCACUGGUCAUCAUGUUAUCUUGGUUAACUAAUCAACAUGCCUUAUGUUUGUAACAGGAAAGGAGAAAAUGGCUGGACCGGGAAUGGAACCCGGGACCCCUGCAUCACUAGUCAGGGGCUCUACCGACUGAGCUGUCCAUGGCCCAAACCAUUUCAUGUGUGUACCACUAUAGAUGCAAAUUUAGGAAACCAGAUCUUUCAGCUUACUGCAAUAGGAUACUAAUGGGAAAGACUGGCAUACUGUUUGCUGGUUUUGAUAAAGCAUGUUUACAAAUUCAGUGUUUAUUUAAGAUUUUGACUAAGUAAUGACAUAAUAAUACAAUGUUGAUGUGUUUACAAUUAUAUCAAUAUAUAUUCAGGCCCGUAGUACGCGGGAGGGGGGUCACUUCUUUGAAGUAGUUUUACUGUCGGUGUAAAGUGUCAUUUUGAGCCGAAAACUCCUGAGCCUUUCUGAUCAAAGUUUGUCCAUUGUUGCUGUUGUUAGCUUUUACAUUUUAGACUACAUUGUAUUUUUAAAGAACCAACUGGUCAAUUUCAAUCAAAUUUGCCACAAAGCACCCUUUGGUGAAUGGGAUUUAAGUUUGUUGAAGGGGAAACAAGAGGUGUGUGGGCAACAAUGCUCACCUGAGUCACCCUGGCCCUGCUGUUUUGGAGAUUUCUAAAAAAAUAUCCCCCUUUAUGGGAAGAUGAUUUUGGGUAUGUGUGUAAUUUUUUUGAGUCAGAUUAUUUACUUUCAUGCAAGUCAGGAGAGAUCAUUAAUUUUCUUCAGCGCAGAAAAUAUCUUGAAGAAAAGGAAAUGAAAACUGCUGAACUCCAAAACUCUAUUUGGGAUGGGAUGGAUGGGGUAGUAUUCAGGAACAGAUUAUUUUCUUGCCAGUUGAGGACAAAUUAAUAUCCCCCCCCCCCUCUCUGAAUCAAAGGCUUGUCCUCUCAUUCCCACGAACAAUUUGACUCAAUACUGUGACCCCACCUAAGCCCCUUUACAAUGGAUUAUGAUUAAACUGAACUUUAAUCCACACAACAUGGGCUUGCCUCAGUAUCAGCGUGGACCCAUCCUAUCCCAUGGGCCAGAAUCUGAAAACAUUUGAAUCUGUAGCCGCUGGGUAUGUUUGCUUAUUAAUUUCACUCGUCAUGAAUCUGCUGUUCUUGAGAAGAUUCUAAAUUUCCCCCCCCAUAUAUUCCUAUGUAAAAAUUUGAUCCCUUAUUGUGGUCCCAUCAUAUGCCCGGAGGCCUUGAUUUGAAUAAAAAUCUACACUACCUGAAGAUGCUUGCUUAUAAAUAUCACUUGUCAUGACUGCUGUUCUAUUAAGAUUUUCAAAGAUACGUAUUUUCUAUUUAUUCCAAUAAAAAACUGUUGCAUUAAUGGGGCCCCAUUUUACCCCGCGGACCAUGAUUUGAACAAGCCUGAAUUUGCACCACUGGAUGAUGCGUGCGUAUUUCUAUCGCUUAUCAUCUCGGCUAUUCUUGAGAAGGAGAUCUUAAAACACUUUUUUCACUAUAUUUAUAUGUAAAACUUUAUUGCAGCCCCAUCAAACCCCAUAAGGUCAUGAUUGACAUGAUUGAACAGACUUGAAUCCACACUUUGUCAGAAAGCUUUCAGAUAAGUUUCAAUUUUUCCUGAUCCAGUGUAUCUUUUGAAGAUUUUUCAAGACAUCCAACCUAUUUUUGCUUUUUCUUGAUUAUAUCCCGUUCCAGUGGGACGUGCUCCUUUAUUUGAACAAAUUUGAAUCCCCUUCUGCAAGGAUUCUUUUCACCAAGUUUGGUUGAAACUGGUUCAGUGGAUCUGGAGAAGUAAAAAAAAAAAUGUGAAAAGUGUACGACGAUGACAAUAGCAACAACGACGACAAAAAACGGACAAAUUCCGAUCAGAAAAAAAAUCAGUUGAACGUUUGGUUCAGGUGAGUUAAUCUAAAGUUUCUUCAGAGUUGCAUGUAUCUUUCCUCAGAAAUUACGUGAGAGGAAUUCCUUAUAAUUUUAAUGCCAUCUUAACUAUUUAAAAUAAUACACAACUUUCUCAAACCCUCUCAGAGGAGGCACAGAACAUCCUUGGAGAUUGAAGGGGAUUCAAAAUUGUUUAUUGAAAAAGGUGAAGCUAACGAAUAGUGAUCGAUUUAAAAAAUCUAUCAACAAUUCUGUGAAGAGGGCAUAAAACACGGAUCUCGUUAUUCCAAAGGUGGGAUCAGGUGCCUACAUGAAGGGCAGUGCCCCCUUACAAAGAGAAAUGAUUAUAACAAAAGAAAAAUAGGAGGGGUCUUUUUUUUUUCUUUUUUUCUUUUUUUAAAAAAAUCAUUAUUAUCCUAAUGUUGAAUAUAUUCCUUUUAUCCAAUUCAUUGCCCAUUGGUGUAGUGUGUUGCCACAAUAGAGGAUUAUAAAAAAAAAGAUGGUUGUGCCAAGGUGUUUCUAAGGUGAGUGCUGUUACACUUAAUUCACUUGUUAAUUUUACUUAAUAUUGCCAUGGUAACUGCUUAAAGUGAGCAAACAAUUUGUCAAACAUCAUUAUAACUGUUUAUGUACUAAAAUGUGUUUUGGCCAGAAUGACUAGGAUGAUUCAUUUUAAAUUCAUUUCAAAGUACAGGUAGAUGUAUGUAAUUAUAUGGUAAUUGGGGUAAUUUAUUUUUUAGUUACACUGUAAUGAGAACAAAAAUUACCUUAAAAUCAAAAUCUUUUGUACUUCAUUAUAUGUUAAUAACGUCUGGUGAUGGAUUAAAAUGCUGUUUUUCUGUGAUGACGCACAUAGCUUAUAUUUAUACAUCAUUUAGUACAGUAAUUAAAAUAAAGUUUUCCCCUAUGA